AUGUCUGUACUGACACACCUACAACUGAAAGAGAAAGAGAAUAAGUGGAGAAAGAGACUGGAGCAGAGAGUGGAGAAAGAGACUGGAGCGGAGAGUGGAGAAGAGACUGGAGCGGAGAGUGGAGAAGAGACUGGAGCGGAGAGUGGAGAAGAGACUGGAGCGGAGAGUGGAGAAAGAGACUGGAGCGGAGAGUGGAGAAGAGACUGGAGCGGAGAGUGGAGAAAGAGACUGGAGCGGAGAGUGGAGAAGAGACUGGAGUGGAGAGUGGAGAAAGAGACUGGAGCGGAGAGUGGAGAAGAGACUGGAGCGGAGAGUGGAGAAGAGACUGGAGUGGAGAGUGGAGAAAGAGACUGGAGCGGAGAGUGGAGAAGAGACUGGAGUGGAGAGUGGAGAAGAGACUGGAGUGGAGAGUGGAGAAAGAGACUGGAGCGGAGAGUGGAGAAGAGACUGGAGCGGAGAGUGGAGAAGAGACUGGAGCGGAGAGUGGAGAAGAGACUGGAGUGGAGAGUGGAGAAAGAGACUGGAGCGGAGAGUGGAGAAGAGACUGGAGCAGAGAGUGGAGAAGAGACUGGAGUGGAGAGUGGAGAAGAGACUGGAGUGGAGAGUGGAGAAAGAGACUGGAGCAGAGAGUGGAGAAAGAGACUGGAGCAGAGAGUGGAGAAAGAGAGUGGAGAAGAGACUGGAGCGGAGAGUGGAGAAGAGACUGGAGUGGAGAGUGGAGAAGAGACUGGAGCGGAGAGUGGAGAAAGAGACUGGAGCGGAGAGUGGAGAAGAGACUGGAGCGGAGAGUGGAGAAAGAGACUGGAGCGGAGAGUGGAGAAGAGACUGAAGCGGAGAGUGGAGAAAGAGACUGGAGCGGAGAGUGGAGAAGAGACUGGACUGGAGAGUGGAGAAGAGACUGGAGUGGAGAGUGGAGAAGAGACUGGAGUGGAGAGUGGAGAGAAACACAACUCUAAUCUGUCUUUCAUUUAG